GGAGUUCAGUAGACGCGUUGUUAUGUUGCAGGAGUAGAUUUUUUCCGUUUGGAUUCUGGCAGAUAAAUCGGUCGUUGAAUUUUUGAAAUUGCGCGCGAAUUUUGUGGGAUUAUUUAAUAAAAAAAUAACGUAUUUUGUGUAAUUGUUUAUAUGAAUUGAGAUUGUAGAAGGAUUUCGAAUCUUAUCUCACGAAAACAAAUUGAAUAAUUGUGGUUUUAGAUAUGAAGACACAAAAAUCGAAAUUCACACAAGUAACAACAAACGAUAACGAACUAAAAGAUUAUCAAAACAUAGGAAUAACAAUUCUACCAACUUCUCCUGUCGAUGUCGAAAACAGAAAUUCCGAAAGGAAUAAUUAUCAAGAAGGACACUGCCAAAAUAUCAAUAAAAGUUCAGAUUUGCUAUUGAGGAAUACGUAUGGCGGUGUGGACCCAGUUCACGAUAUAAGAAGAUACAGUCCUGAACGAAACUCUGAACGAUUUCUAGCUCAAACCAGUGAAGAUAUAGAACUAUGUAAUUGCAUCACUCCAAUAUAUCAAAAAACACGCUUGGCGGACCAAUGGGGCAGAAGUCAUUCCCAAACUAUAGGUUUAAACCGUUCUUUUUCGUCGUUACCAAAAAUGGAAAAUCUCAAUUACAGUUUGGAUAGAAAAACAGGAAAAUAUAUCACUCGACCCAAGGAAACUCAUCGAAUAUUGAGAGUACAAAGUCCAGAAAUCAUCAAUAUACACAGAGGACCUUUUUGUGAAGGUUACGAAACUGAUUGUCGAGAAGAAAUUGGUAGAUACAAAUAUAAAGAACAUGAAUUUAGAAGAGGACACAGUGUUAGAUCUGUGGGAAACAGAUCUGGUGGAAUUCUCAGCAAUAUACAACAAAAUCGUCGAGCAGCCGGGGAUGGUAUGGAUGCGGAAAUGAACGAUCCCGAAAUCGUAUUCGAAAUGUCGUCGUCUACAGGUGUGCCUAGUGGACAAUUGGGAAUUGUGGGGGAGUGUCAGUGUCCAUGUGAUCACGUUAUUUACAAUCAAACGGGUUAUUCUGGUUGCUUACAAGAGGAAAGACCUUUUGGACCGGCUCCUGAUGUAACUAGACGAAUGGGAUCAACAACUGUAUUGGGGAAAGCUGUACCUCCAGGAUCUCCUCCCUACUAUCGUUCCACGUCGGCGGCGAGCAGCAGCUCUAAUUCCGGUUCUUCUAGAGUGAUAGACAUGAACAGCCGUCAUUGGUGGUUGAUAGGUACUGUGCUGUUAAUAGCAACAGUGGCAGGCGUCGGUGUACCCAUUGCGUUAAAAAUUAGUUCAAGUGCCUCUUUUGAAGAACGACUCGAAUUCGCCACUAGAUUACUGCAGGAAGUGCCUCUCAUAGACGGACAUAACGAUCUACCAUGGAACAUUAGAAAAUUUCUUCACAAUAAAUUAAAAAACUUUAAAUUCAACGAGGAUUUAAGGAAUAUAUCUCCCUGGUCGAAUAGUGCAUGGAGUCAUACGGAUUUAGUGAGACUAGAACAAGGACAUGUUGCUGCCCAGUUUUGGGCUGCAUACGUACCGUGCGAUUCACAAUUCAAAGACGCCGUGCAACUAACCUUCGAACAAAUCGACGUCAUCAGGAGAUUCACCGAACAUUAUCAACCGAGACUGACUUUAUGUACAUCUUCUGAAGAUAUUAAAAGUGCCUAUAAACGAAGGCAACUUUGCUCUUUGAUAGGCGUAGAAGGAGGUCAUUCAUUGGCCGGUAGUUUAGCUGUAUUAAGGACACUUUAUCACGUAGGUGUUAGAUAUUUGACCCUCACCUCUACUUGUAACACACCUUGGGCUGAUUGCUCGCAUGCCGAUUUACCUGGUAAAAAACCCGAACAUGGGGGCUUAACAAAUUUUGGAAAGAGUGUGGUAAAAGAAAUGAAUCGACUUGGGAUGAUAGUGGAUCUUUCUCACGUAUCUGUUAAUACUAUGAGGGAUGCUUUAGAAGUUUCCAAAGCUCCAGUCAUAUUUAGUCAUUCAUCCGCUCACGCUUUGUGUAAUUCUACCCGCAACGUUCCCGACGAUACGCUAAGAAAAUUGGCUUUAAACAAAGGCGUCAUCAUGGUCAAUUUCUACUCACUUUUUUUAACUUGUAAAGAAGUAUCUACAAUAUCAGACGCUGUCGCUCAUAUAAAUCAUAUUCGAGAUAUAGCUGGUGUAGAUUGUGUUGGAAUUGGAGCCGGAUACGAUGGCAUUAAUUACGUGCCGCAGGGACUCGAAGACGUUUCCGCUUACCCGACCCUAUUCGCCGAAUUAAUAGGAACGGGAAAGUGGUCGGUGGAAGAUCUGAAAAAGUUGGCGGGUUUGAAUUUCCUCCGAGUGUUUCAAGCCGCCGAAAAAAUCCGGGAUGAUUUCAAAAAAGCUAAUGUACCACCUUACGAGGACGUCAUGCCGAAACCGAAAGAUAUAAAUUGUUCCUCGCAGAGUAAUUAAUCGAAUCGUGUUUUAUUUUUUUAGGAAAAUAUGUGUGGAAAAGUUUUUAUCGUAUUUUCUAUGUGCGAAACAACUCGAAUCUGAAUAAUUUUAGUGGUUCUAGACAAUUAUACAACUCGAACUGAAGUUUUGAUAUUAAAAUAGUAUUUUUACAUUGUAUAAACGUGAAUCUUUCGUGUUUUAUGUUAUUUUUUUAUUAUAAUUCUUCAACUCUAAA